AUGAAGAUGGAUAGGAUCAGUUUGUUACCGAACUCUAUCCUUUGCGACAUUCUCUCUUACCUCCCAACAAAAGAAGCUGUAUCCACCAGCAUCCUCUCUCGCAGGUGGCGCCAUGUUUGGAAGGAACUCCAAGUCCUUGACAUAGAUGAUACAACCUCUCGGCCCGGUCUGGGAUGGGAAGCUCGAUUUGCUUCAUACGUGAAUGCUAUUCUAGCUCGGCGCAAUGCAGAUUACCCUAUCCAAAAGUUUCGCCUCACUUGUUAUGAAUAUUUAGAAAGUACUCUAACCAUCUUAACAUGGCUUGAUGCCGUUAAUGGGCCCUAUCUCCAAGAACUGUAUCUCUGCCUUGAUCUAGUGUUUGAAAUCGACUUGCCUGAAGCCAUACUCACUUCUCCAUCACUCAAGUCCCUUGUUUUGAAACAUGGUGAUUAUUUCGAUUGUUAUCUAAAGUUUUCAAAUGUUUAUCUGCCAUCUCUCAAGAACUUAGAGUUAGAUGGCUGUGUGGACCCCAGCAAACUUUUAUCUGGCUCCCCUGUUCUUGAAAAUCUUAUGCUCAGUGUACCGGACUAUGGUAGUUAUGUUUAUAUACCUACAAUCCAGAUGCCUCGCACAUUGAAAAGGUUAAUCUUUGAAGAUAACAGUACCAAGGAUAAUGACAUUAGCCAUCGUGUGAUAGAUACGCCAUCUCUUGAAUACCUCUAUAUGAAAAUAAUCGCCAAAUCUAAGUUACAGGUUUCGUUUAGCGAUUUUCCUAACAUGGUAGAGGCACAUCUUCAUAUUCAUCAUGGUCGUGUUGAGCAUGUCCUUUGGGUGCCCAAGCUUCUCGUGGCACUCCGCGAAACAAAAUUGUUGGCAUUGAAACAUUGCGCAACAGAGUGCUUAUUUAAUGGUGUAACUUUCGAGUUUCCGGAGUUUCCCCGUUUGCUCAAUCUAGAGCUUGAUGUUGCAUGUUUCAACACAGACUUCCUGCUAAACUUCCUUCAUAAUUGUCAUGUACUUGAAGAUCUCGUGGUUCAUGUUUUGAAGAUUGAUGGAAGUUAA